UCUAUGGUCUUCACCCCCCUCUGUCUAUAUUUGGUAGAGUCCAGUGACGUUUGUCUCAAACACGGAAGAAGAGUCUUUCUACGUUAACACACAACUAACUCAUGACGAGACAAACAGAAGAAUGGCUUUCGCAAAUCUGUUCACGAGACUGUCUGCUGUCGAAGAAGGUGUGAAGAGCCCCGCCGGUCAACCCGCCUUUACGCUCCGGAACGAGACUGAGACUGGUAGAAGAGGCAAUGCCAGGAAGAGGAAAGCCCACGAUGAGCUGACUGGCUCUUAUAAAAAGAAGCAAAGUUACCAAGCCCAGACAACCAGAAGGUAUAAUGCUGCAUCCUUUAAAGACGAUGACUCCAAGGCCAGACACUACCAUAUGCAUAACACUGAUAACGGACAUUCAAGUGUUGGCUUCAUCAAAGAAGUGAUGUAUAACCACAGUUACAAUAACAUGUGUCACAAAGGUCAGAAUUACAAAAUUAAAAAUAACCAUAACGUAAACAAGCAACAGCAGAAGAAGAAUCCAGAUGGGCAGAAAAAUCUGUACCAACAGAAGGAUAGAUGGAGACCUGCCAAUAGAGGUGGAAACCAUCAGACUAGACCUGCUUGGAGAAAACAUGGAGGAGACAGUAAAAAUAAAAAUGACAAGCAGGACGUCCAAGUGAAACGUCCAAGGUUCAUGACACAGGAGUUCAAGGAGCAGCAUGCUGUGUUGGUAGAUGGGCGGUUAGUUUGUCGACAUUUCCUUUAUGGAAGGUGCAUCAAGGCUGACGACUGCCAACUGGAGCAUAUUCAGGGUUACAACGAUAUCAUCAAAGAAGUGUGCAAAUUCUACAUCCAGGGCCACUGCACAAAACGGGAGAGCUGCCCAUACAUGCACCAGUCCUUUCCUUGCAAGUUCUUCCACAGAAAUGGAAAAUGUUCUCAAGGAGCAGAUUGCAAGUUUUCCCAUGAGCCACUAAAUGACGUCACUAACCCACUGUUGAAUGAGACAUUAAAACGGGAUAAUGAGCUCUAUGAACAACAACAACAACAACAACAACAACUUGCACAAAAAGCUGAACAGGAGUCAACGGCACAGCCAGACAACACAAAUGAGUCAGAAAUUAUAGAAGCAAAUGGGGCCCCUGACACACUCCUCCAACCAAUCAGGCCUAACUUCUACAACAGCACAAAUGCUGAGAAGGAAACCUUGUUCUGUCAGACUGAAGAACUGGCUGACAUUAUGGAGGAAGCUGUCCCACCACAUCCAACAGAUGCCGCUCAACCUCACGACGUCCCCACGUCAAGUAACCUCAGUCACGAGGAGCCGGUUUGUUAUUCAGUUGCAGCAGUGCUUGGACCUCAACUAUCCAAACCUUUUCCUACUUUCUUUACAACUCGAGGACGUCCAGAAUCUUCUUCUGAUUGCACUUCAGGCUCUGCAAACCAAAGUGAUGUUCCUUACUCUGUAGAUGCUGUUCUCAGGUCCUGUAAAUCAGUGGGAAGUUCUACAUUUGGCCGCACACCUACCACUCCUACUGCACAAACUGUAUCCUAUACCCCACACGCUGACUUUGAAGAGAGCACUGAUCCUCUGCUAAGCUCAGAAACCCCAAAUGAGAGGGGCUUGUAUUCGCUAAAUACCAGAAAUGAAGUGAAAAAUUCCCAGGAGAAAAUAUUCAAGAGCCUGUCAUCCCAUGACGUGCACACUGGCCUGUUUUCAAAGACCUGCCCUAGUCCUACUCUGGCCUCUAGGGAUUACAUGAAACAAGGUGGCAAUAUGCCAGAAUCCCUGAAACUGGCCCAAAGAGCUGCUCAUAAAGUCAAGUCGGAGUUGCUGCAUUCUCCUGUUAACGUGGCAGAGAAGGCUGCGUCCUCCGAACACAAAGGAGAUAUGAAAGGAAGCAUGCACCAGCCUACGGAUAUUACAUGCUCUCUAAAUUGUAAAAGUGAACGUGUUCUUCCUAUUGGACGCACUAAUUGCAAAAGUUUUUUUUUAAGCCCCCCUAGUCAGACAUCUACUUCAAAACACCCUACGCAGUUGAGGCCACAUCUCUCUGUUCUGACAUCUGACUCCGAAGCCUCAAAGCCGUUCUGUCCCUCCUCAAGUUUCACAGAGUUUAAAGGUAGCGCUGCUGUUCCUGUUGAACCGAUCACCUGUUCGACUAAGACAAGCGAUUCUGCAAACUCUGCAAAUUGUUAUUUUGCAGCAAAACAACCCACUGAGAUCCACCUGCACUCCAAAAAGACACCAUCUGGCCUCAAACCUGGCACAAAGCGUCCUUCAGCCGAAAUGACAGCAGAGCGCAGCAGCAAAAUGGCCUAUUGUGGUGAUUUGGCAGUUGGAUGUAAAAAGACCCUGAAAAGACCCUUUCAUAGCCUUUUAGCAGGCCCCAUUACUGACACACUGCAGCCUCUUGACAGUUCUGGAACCAGUUCCUCUUGUCCUCAAGGCUUAAUUCAAUCUUCCUCUCCUGCUCCUCAGUCUGCAGAUUGCAGAGGUAAUUGUGUUGAAAGUGCGGUUGAACCAGACAAAGCCUCUGCCAUGUCCUUCCGCAGCCUUUUUACUGCUCCUCUCCCUUUCAUUCGGCCUCGACCAAACUAUUCAAAGACUUCCUCCUGUUCUCAACAGCCGGACCAGUCAGUUGAGAAUACAUCUCAUUCAUCAAACUCCAAACAAAGGGCUUCUAAUUCAGAGAUACCUCUCCCAUGCCAUGUUAGAAAUGAUGUCAAAGAAAUCCCUCAUGCAUCAAGAUCCCCCACUUUCUCUACUAAUCCUAAAAUAGAAAAUGAAGACAGUUCAACGGAGAAUAUAAAUCUACCGACAAAGCAGCUGGUGUAUACCGUCUGUAGCCUUGUGUCCGAUUCUCACAGUGAGAUGUCUACCAGUCCAACUCCUGCUAACCGUCCAUCUCCGACCCAUACUCAUCAGCCGCUGCCCGACAUCUCAUCCCACAAAGGAUCUGCAGUAGCAGCCACUUCAAAUUCAGUUCUGAAAACUCUCUUUCUGUGCCUGAGCCCGUACCAACAGGAUGGAGAGCGAUAGGACAGUGUCCCUCCGGACUCAAGAUUCACAGUCCACUGAGAAAAAAGUUGCACAGUCAACAGAGCCCCAGCCCUCUCUUCAGACUCCACAAAUCUCCUUGGAUGCAACAGGUGAACAAACAUUGGCACACAUAACUUUCCAUGCAAACCAGUGGUGCUCCUGAUGCAGCAUCACACGUGACCAAGAGAUCAGAGGAAGGAUAGUGGGUAAAUGGGGACGUGGUGGCCAAACCACUUAAGGACUUUUUAAGACUUUAGACACCACUGUUUUUCCACUUCGGACAUUAAAGUUGGAUUCAGUUUAUGUUAAAUCACACUAAUAAUCUUGAUUAUUCUUGCGAGUCAUGUGAAAAUCAUGUUAUGACGGCGCACACAUUUAAACCUUGUUCUAUAUUUAAAAUCUGCAGGCUUCUUUGUAUUUUUAUUUUUUGUGAGCAGAUUUUACUACUUCUGCUGCUAAACAUAUUUUAAACACUGACCUGUGUCCUAGAAAAUUCUACAGCCGUGCUGCAUAAAUAAACUUCAUGCAAAAAUUG